AUGGCAUCACCCAGUGAUUUACUAGGAGCUCCAAUCAUCUCAUAUACCUCAUUGCGUGUUGAUAAUCUUCACCCUAAUGUUAAUGAGGCAAUGUUAUUCGACAAAUUUGCAAGUGUUGGGCCAAUUUCAUCAAUUCGAGUCUUUCGUGAUAUGAUUACACGACGAUCACUUGGCUAUGCUGAAGUCAAUUUUCAACUAGCAACUGAUGGUAUGUCAGUUUAUUAACUAUUACAAUAAAAUGAUAUGUGAUCGAACGAAAUGAGAAAAAGAAUAAAAAAAAACGG